UGUAACGUGAUCUUGUAAUAUUCUAGGUUAUGUUAGAUCUCAAAACAAUAUUCAAUUUGAAUUUAAUAUUUUUUUAAAAAACCCGUGAUAAUAAUUUGUUUCUACUUUAUUAGUUUAGAUACUAUUAAGGUUUCUCAUUGACAAUAUGUUUGAGUCACUGACUUGAAAUCGUGUCGCAUCAGGUAUGAAUGUACUCAAACCAUUUACGUUCUUCAUUUGUACAAGAAAAUUAAAAACAAUUGGUCGACUUACUGCAAAGCGAUAUUGUACAAGAGAGUUGAUAAACAGUUGUGAAGUUCCCAGCAACAAUAUCCAGUUUCGAAACAUGAAUCAGACCGCAUCGGUGGCAGUAUGUCAGUUUACUGCUAAAAAUGAUAAAGAGCAAAAUUUCAAAGUUUGUAAAUAUCUUAUUGAGAAGGCAUCAAAAGAUGGAGCUAAGAUGAUCUUCCUACCAGAAGCAUGUGAUUAUAUAGGAGAGUCGAAAGAAGAAGUUUCGAAUUUAUCGGAACCGUUGGAUGGUCCUUUGAUGUGCCGAUACAAGGAAUUGGCUAAAACAGCGAAAGUAUGGUUAUCGCUGGGCGGUAUACAUGAAAAGGUACUUGAGCGCUAUCAGUGCUACGACAUGCGAUUCCCGGAGAUGAGCCUUGCGCUGACCAGACUGGGUGCAGAGGUGCUGACCUACCCGUCUGCGUUCACAUUUGCGACCGGCGCCGUGCACUGGGAGGUGUUGCUGCGGAGUCGCGCCAUCGAGAACCAAUGCUACGUCAUCGCGGCCGCGCAGUACGGCGCUCACAACAAGAAGCGGACGUCCUGGGGACAUGCCAUGGUGAUCGACCCGUCAGGUAACGUGGUGGCGCAAUGCAGUGAGGGCACCGGCUAUGUGCUGGCCAACAUCGACCUCAGUCUCAUCGAAGACAUUCGCAAGUCGAUGCCGACUGACAAACAGAAACGACACGACAUCUAUCCGCAGGUGCUGCCCCUCUCACCCCCUCCCCAUAACACCACCCCCUCCACCACCACCCCCCACCAGCAGCACUACCAGUUCGGCCAGGUGUCCGUUCCCGACAGCCUUGUCUUCUACAAGACCGACACCACAAUGGCGUUUGUCAAUAAACGCUGCGUUGUUCCUGGUCAUGUGUUGGUAGCUCCAAUAAGAGCAGCACUCAGACUGGAAGAUCUGACGCCGAGCGAAGUCUCUGAUUUGUUUCUGGUCGUUCAGAGAGUGGAGCAAGUGAUGGAGCAAGUUCACGGCUCCAGUUCCACCACGAUUGCAUUGCAGGACGGACCCGACGCCGGCCGAACUAUACAUCAUUUGCACGUUCACAUUAUGCCACGCAAAGAGAAGGACUUCUUGAAUAACGAUGAGAUCUAUUACGAACUGCAGAAGCAUGACAAGGAUGAGUCCAAGCCAUGGAGAGGUAUGGAAGAAAUGUGUAGUGAAGCAUCAUUGCUGAGAGAACGGUUCCUAUAGUUUUAUCAAUGUACGGUGUAAUUGUUGGGCCAAUUAUUGUGAUAACUAUUCAUUUUAUGUUGAGAGAAAUAAAUUGAAAACGGUUAAAUACAUUAGAAAACUUCUCUUGGAAAAUCA